UAUCGCCGCCGAGCCUGCACUCUGUUUCCCCCCUGCAUUACGCUUGGAGCCCGUGUAUGUGAAGAUGGAGAACCGACGUGUUUGAUAGUUGCCUUCCGUCUUUGGAAACUACCGGUCUGAUAACAUUUUCUGGUGAAACUUCAGCUGAUUUGGUUAUCCCUUUCCAUUCUGCCGGAGUCCAUGAAUUGAAUCUUGCGGCGUGUGAGACGGGGUUUCUAUGAUUUUGGGACAGGCGCUCUAUCGCUGAAGCUAUACCAUGGAGAGUGCCGUGGGAUGUACUGGUCUGAAAAGACUUUUAUCAGUUACGUUCUGUUUUUUCUUUAUCGUCAGCAGCAGCAAGGCAAUCGGCUCAGAUGUACCGCGGGGCUUUGUGGAGUUGCGCUUCGUGCUGGAGCCGCUGGACACGGUGACGGUGCGUGGCGGGGUGCUGCAGCUGGACUGCGAGGCUCAGAGCUCGGAGGGCGGCGUCAGCACCGGCGCCACGGCCGUGACCAUCGCCUGGAAGAAGGACGGCGUGCUGCUGAGCGCCAUGGUGGACGAGCGGCGGCAGCAGCUGGCCAACGGCUCCCUCCUGGUGCACAACGUGGUGCACUCGCGCCACCACCGCCCCGACGAGGGCCUCUACCAGUGCCUGGCCUCGCUGGAGGGCGUGGGAGCCAUCGUGAGCCGCACCGCCAAAGUCACCGUCGCCGGUCCUCUGAGGGUGGUGGUUCCCACUGAGUCCGUCUCGGCCCACCUGGGGGACACGGCGCUGCUGCGGUGCGAGGUGACUGGCGAGCCCAUGCCUGUGGUUCGCUGGCAGAAGAACCGCGAAGACCUGCCCGUGGUGGGCACAGCGGGCAGCGGAGGAGGAGGAGGAGGAGUAGCCACGGGAGACGGGCGUGUGGUGGUGCUGCCCUCGGGCGCCCUGCAGGUCAGCCAGGUGCAGCCGCCAGACUCGGCCACCUACCGCUGCCUGGCAGAGAACCCCAGCAGCUCACGCACCGGCACCGACGCCGACCUGCGCGUGUUGCCAGAGCCUGGCGAGGUGCGCAAGCUGGAGUUUCUCCAGAGGCCGGUGCGCGUGACGGCGCUGCAGGGGCGCGAUGCCGUGCUGGAGUGCUCCGCCUCCGGGUACCCAAACCCCUCCUUCUACUGGAUGAAGGGAGAGGAGAUGAUCCAGAGCAGGUCUAAGAAGUACUCCCUGCUGGGGGGCAGCAACCUGCUGAUCAGUAGUGUGAGUGACGAUGACGCUGGCACCUACAGCUGUGUGGCACACAACAUCAACGAGAACAUCACCGCCUCCUGCGAGCUCGUCAUACUCGUGCCACCGCAGUUCCUGAACUACCCCGCCAACAUGUACGCCUAUGAGAGCACCGACAUCGAAAUGGAGUGCGCCGUGACGGGGAACCCCCAGCCCAAAGUACACUGGGUGAAGAACGGGGAGGUUGUCAUACCCAGUGACUACUUCCAGAUUGUGGAGGGAAGUAAUCUUCAGAUCCUUGGUCUGGUGCGCUCGGACGAAGGCUACUACCAGUGUGUGGCCGAGAAUGACGCUGGCAAUGCCCAGGCCACUGCCCAGCUGAUACUGCAGGAGCCCGUUGUCCCGAGCUCAGGCGCCCUCCUCCCCUCUGCUCCCCGUGACGUGGCCCCUGUCCUAGUGUCCAGUCGCUCCGUGCGUCUCGGCUGGCGGCCCCCUGCCGAGGCCCCUGGCGGCGUCAUCCACACCUAUGGCGUCUACUACUCGCAGGAGGGCAUCAACAGGGAGAGGUCCAUCAACGUGACGGAGCCCACGGAGAACCCCCAGCUGACGGUGAGCGGGCUGAAGCCAGAGGAGACCUACAUCUUCAGGGUGGUGGCCUACAACGAGAUGGGACCUGGGGAGAGCUCAGAGGCCAUACGCCUCACCACCAAACAGGAGUUGCAAGUUCCUGGACCUGUGCAGAACAUCCAGGCUCAGGCGACCUCCCCCACCUCCAUCGAGGCUACCUGGGAUCCCCCCGCCUACACCAACGGGCCCAUCCAGGGCUACCGGCUGCUGUGGACAGAAAACUCCUCUGGAAAGGAGCAGAGUAUUGACGUGAUCGCUCAGAGCUACAGAAUGGAAGGGCUGAAGAAGUUUACAGAGUACUCGCUACACGUGCUGGCCCUCAACCGGUACGGACCCGGCGUCACAUCGGACGAAGUGGCUGUCACCACCCUCUCAGACGUACCGAGCGGAGCUCCUCAGAACAUCUCGCUUGAAGUUGUGUACUCCAGGAGCAUCAAAGUGAGCUGGUUACCCCCAACAGUGGCCAUGCAGAAUGGCUUCAUCACGGGCUACAAGAUCCGGCACAGGAAGACAGGGAGGAGGGGAGACCAGGAGGCCAUCGAGCCCAACAACCUGUGGUACCUCUUCACAGGGCUUGAGAAGGGGAGUCAGUACAGCUUCCAAGUGGCGGCCAUGACUGCCAAUGGCACGGGCCCAUACAGUGAGUGGUACAUGGCCGAGACCCCAGAGAACGACCUUGACGAGACCCAGGUCCCCAACCAGCCCAGCUCGCUGCACGUGCGGCCGCUACCCAACAGCAUCAUCAUGAGCUGGACUCCGCCCCUCAACCCCAACAUCCUGGUGCGGGGCUACAUCAUUGGCUACGGCGUGGGCAGCCCCUACGCCGACACCGUCAGAGUGGACAGCAAGCAGCGCUACUACUCCAUCGAAAACCUGGAGCCCAGCUCCCAUUACGUCAUCUCGCUGAAGGCCUUCAACAACGCAGGUGAAGGGGUGCCACUGUACGAGAGUGCUGUCACCAGGUCCAUGUCAGAUACCUCCACCCCCAUGAUCCCCCCAGUAGGUGUGCAGGCCGUGGCCCUCACCUCCGACUCCGUGCGGGUCAGCUGGGCCGACAACUCCAUGACCAAGAACCAGAAGGCCUCCGAGGUCCGCUACUACUCCGUCAAGUGGAAGACCAGCCACUCCACCAGCGGCAAGUUUAAGUCUGCAGACACCACAGCCCUGAGUCACACGGUCACCGGCCUCAAGCCCAACACCGUGUACGAGUUUGCCGUGCGGGUCACGAAAGGUCACAAGUCGAGCACGUGGAGCAUGACAGCACAUGCCACCACCUACGAAGCAGCUCCUAGCUCAGCCCCUAAGGACCUGACGGUGAUCAGCCGGGAGGGCAGGCCUCGCUCCGUCCUCAUCAGCUGGCAGCCCCCCUUGGAGGCCAACGGCCGCAUCAUCGGCUACCUGCUGUACUACACACUGGACAAGAACGUGCCCAUCGACGAGUGGCUGAUGGAGUCCAUCCCCGGGGACCGGCUCACGCACCAGGUCAUGGACCUCAAUCUGGACACGGUCUACUACUUCCGCAUACAGGCCAAGAACGCCAAGGGCGUGGGUCCCCUCUCCGACCCACUCCACUUCAGGACGUCCAAAGUUGAACACCCAGACAAAAUGGCCAACGACCAAGGUCGCCAUGGAGACAACAGCUUCUGGCCGCAUGACAACAACCUGAUCGACAGGAGCAGUCUUAACGAGCCUCCCAUUGGCCAGAUGAGGCCGCCGCACGGCUCCGUGACCCCCCAGAAGAACAGUAACCUGCUGAUGAUCAUCAUGGUGUCCGUGGGGGCCGUCACCAUCGUGGUGGUGGUCAUCGUGGCUCUCAUCUGCACGCGACGCUCCUCGGCACAGCAGAGAAAGAAGCGGGCCACCCACAGCGCGGGCAAGAGGAAAGGCAGCCAGAAGGACCUGCGUCCUCCAGACCUGUGGAUCCACCACGAGGAGAUGGAACUGAAGAACAUGGAGAAGCCCUCCAGCUCCGCCCCCUCCGGCCGUGAGACGCCCAUCCAGAGUGUCCAGGAGAUCGCCCCUGUCAGCCACAGCCAAUCAGAGAGCCAGAUGGGCAGCAAGAGCAGCCACUCAGCGGAUGGGGACGAGGCGUCCAGCAGCAUCUCAACGCUAGAGCGCUCCCUGGCUGCCAGGAGGGCCACACGCACCAAGAUGAUGAUUCCAAUGGACUCCCAGCCCAGCAACACACCGGUGGUGAGUGCCAUCCCAGUGCCCACCCUGGAGAGCAGCCAGUACCCGGGCAUCCUGCCCUCGCCCACCUGCAGCUACAACCACCCCACCAAGUUCGCCCUGCGGCCCAUGCCCUUCUCCACGCUCACCGUCGACAGGACGGGCUAUGCCACAACCAUCUCCACGGAGGGCCCGACGCCCAUCGCCACGCAGCAGCAGACCAUGAUCCCGUCGGCGGCCCAGUCGGAGCACGGCUCAGCGGAGGAGGCGCCCUGCAGCGGCCGCACGAUCCCCACGGCCUGCGUGCGGCCCACGCACCCCCUGCGCAGCUUCACCAACCCCCUGCUGCCCCCGCCCAUGGGCACCAUCGACCCCAAGGUCUACACGCCCAUGAUGCCACAGUCAAGUGCCAGUCUCCCAAAGGGAGUGAAGACGGCCUCGUUGGGGCAGGCGGGUAAGGCCAGAUCACCGCUGCUGCCCGUGUCCGUGCCCACGGCCCCAGAAAUGGGCGAGGAGGGCCAGAAACCCCCUGAAGACCCAGCAAGUGUUUAUGAGCAGGAUGACUUGAGUGAACAGAUGGCCAGUCUGGAGGGCCUGAUGAAGCAGCUGAACGCCAUCACCGGCUCUGCAUUUUAACACCAGAGAGAGCUGCAGCACCACCACACCACACCACACCACAGACUGCUCAAACUGUCGACCGUGCCCCGUACUUCACUCUACAAGGGAGGAGAUAUGGGGGUGGUGAUUGGUGGUUGGUGGAGGGCAGCAAUGGCCAGAGGUGGCAACUAGUGGACUCCCGUGGAACUCUUAUGGAAGCUAAACAAACAAAGCAAACAAAUGAAUUGGCCACCUCUGUCUACAGCUCUCCUGUCUCCACCCCUUUCACUUGCCCUCCACUUGCUCCUGUCUUUCUUUCUUUCUUCUCUCUCUUUUGUCUGUGUAUCUCAGUCAUUCUAUCUCUCUCUCUCUCGCUCUCUCUCCGUCUCUCUCUCUCUCUCUCUCUCUCUGUCUCACUGAGCUGCCAUCCAUGAACUAUGAAACAAAACCCCAAGAACACAAGCUGUGGAGUGAGAUGACAAAAAAGGAAAACACAAAUGUGGGCAAAGACUCUCUUGCAGAGGCAUUUCCACAGCGAGAACCCCCACCCUGUUCCAUAACUUCUCCACAUUCACACAACCGUUCCACCAAUGGCCUGGCCCAGCUCGACUCCCCGGGAUGAUUCCCUGAUGAUUUGUGGACCAUUGGAUAUUUUUAAUUUCUGCUGUGGUUGUCGUUACGUGUGAUGUAUGUUCAUUUGGAUGGCCACCACCAGGCCAUUGUAAAAAAAAAAAAAAGCAAACCUCAUGAAUGGAUAGCAGUCCUCACCAUGCCAUACCCCACCUCUUCACACUGCCUUCAUUGGAAAUUGACGUUCCAAGCAUAAAUCCAACAAACACAUGUCAUUCCUGUGGUCAAGUGUUUGUGCAGAGACUCUCUAUCCCCGCUGGUGUCUGUCCAUGCAGAAUCUCUGACUGACCAGGCACUUGGUUCCUUGGGCUGAGAUGAGGAUGAAAAUGAGCUCUUAUGAAAAGCACUCUUAACCACUGGGACACUUACAGAAGGAUUCGCUCAGACUUCUUGCUGGAACAGUAUUUGCCAAUCCCAAACUCAGGUCCAUGGAUCUGCUGC